UUAUUAUUAUUAUUUGAAAUCUAACGAUAGGUGUCACUUAUUGUUGUAAAGACGAAUUUCCAAGUUUUUUUUUUUACUCCAAAAAAAAAAAACUUACACUGUACGGUAAUAAGUAAUAAACACAUGGUUUUGUUAUUUUUUUGACAACAAUAAACUUAAUAAUUAUUGCAUUUUUUAAUAAUAAUAUUUAAUUGAUAAAUAUUUAAUUCAACAAUAUCAAAAUGACGAAACGAGAGGAUCAUAAAUUUCAAUUGUCGAAAAGUAUUUUAGACAUGAAGUUUAUGAAAAGAACUAAAGAAAAAGUUGAUCAAGAAACUUUUCAAGCUGAGGGAGAAGAAUAUUUUGAUAAUCUUUUGACAUCUAAAAUGAAACAAGAGUCGGGUAAAUUUAUUAUUGAAAAUAGCUUUGUUUAUUGUGAAGGAUUAAGUGAAGGCAGAUUAAGUUUUCAAGGUAUGAAUCCAGAAAUUGAAAGGAUUAUUGAAUUAGAAGAAAAUGCAAAACGUUGCAAAGAAGAUACAAGUAAAGAAGAGACAGAAAUAACAGAUGAACAAAUGGCAAAACAUUAUAAAGCUUCACAUGUUAAUACAAUGGCUAAAAAAUUUGCACCCAAAAGAAAUCAUCAUAAAUAUUUUAAAUAUGAUAAUGAUGACAAUCCUGAGCCAGUUGAUAAAAAACCAAAAUUUUUAAAGCCAAAAGAUUAAUUAAAAAAAAAAAAUAUUAAACAUUUGCUAAUGAUACUUGAAAAAUUAACAAUUCAUUUUACAAUAAAAAUGAUUUUAACAAAACUAGAAAUUAAUUUAAAAAAUAUAAAUAAUAGACAAAAAAAAUGUAAAUAUUUUUGAAAUAUUAUUAAAAAAAAAAAAAAUAGUAAAAUCAA